UACCUCCACUAUAAGAAUUAAAGUUGUUUUAGUCUGUCGGUAAAGAGCAAGAGAAAAAUAUCUCAAUGGGGAAUUUGCAGCAAUAUCAGUCCUCGAAUCGGUUCCCGCGGAGCCCGGAAUAAACUCAUCCAAUAGUGAAAAAGCUUCGCUGCCUGGCAUCAAGUCUAAUAUCUACCUACAUCGCUGUAUUCUAAUAUAGCAACUGACUGUGACCUGUCUCAAAGUAUAGAAAGAAAACUCAAAGCCUCAUGAGGUGAUGUCUGCCAAGACAAUUGCAAAGUCCACGAUUGAACUUCCUCGUCCUCCCGUGUCUGUCGAUAGUCAAGAUGUCCGCCGAGCCACUCAGUAUAUUACUGGCAAGCACAACCGCAUCCCUCUCACUAGAUCUAUUUAUCCAUCCCUUAGAUACGAUCAAAACCCGCAUCCAGUCUCGUGAAUACUCGCAGUUCCUGAGAACCAACACAGGAACCAGCAUAUGGCGACACCCAGGGAUAUUCCGCGGCCUUUACCAAGGCAUUGCGAGCGUCACCGCUGCCUCGUUUCCCACAGCGGGUGCAUUUUUCAUCACGUAUGAGUAUACACAGUCAGGGCUCCAAGUCAUACAUCAAAAGCUUGGAACGCAUAAGUCUAGCUCAGCUCAGAUCUUUUCCGAUUUUUGCGCGGCCUCCGUUGCGGAUCUUGCAGCUUGUGGAGUCUAUGCUCCGGCUGAUGCUUUGAAACAUAACGCGCAGAUGAUCCAAUCACACCAAUCGGAUGCAUCAGCACACGUGGCUGGGGGAAAAAUAGGCGGUGUAGCCCAAAAAGCAACACGAUUAGCUUUCAAGAAGUUUAUCAACCCUAAACAGCUUUGGAGCGGAUACCCUGCUCUUGUGGCGCAUAGCUUGCCAGUGUCGGCAAUUCAGAUGCCUCUGUACGAGACUUUUCGGUGUCGCAUUUCUGAGUAUAGAUUUGGAACUCGAGAGGAGGUGUCGGAAAGGCCAAGAGGUUAUGGAAAGAAACAGACCCAUUUGGCAUUGGGCGAGGCCGCUGCGACAGCCGCGAUUAGUGCUGCAGUGUCUGGCGGUAUAGCCAGUGUCCUGACAGCACCAAUGGAUAUGGUCCGGACACGAAUCAUGCUUGAUGCGGCAGACAUAACCGUGCCGCAGAAGAAAAAGAUGAUCAAUACCGUUCGAGAGGUCGUACGAACGGAUGGCCCGAGGGGCCUAUUCCGAGGGUGUGCUAUCAACACGUUCAUGGCGGCCGUCGGAUCAGGAUUAUACUUUGGUCUCUACGAGAGCACCAAGUGGUGGCUAGGCUCUGACUCGAUGGAGCACCGUGCUAUGUUAGAAUAGGGGGCGAUGGGAAAUCUUGUAUAUAAUGAUGUUUGUUUGUACGAUAGUGGCUGACUGUAUAUUAGUGAUACCCCACUCUAAGAAAGUAGAUCAAUCUCCAGCAACAUCUUCUCGGAAAAUCCUGUCUUGACUACAGUUAUCUGUGGAUCGCGCAAACUGCUAACUGUCAGGUUACGUCAGUCCACCUCUAAGUGUAUUGACCCUGCUAGGGUAAAGUAAGUUCGGUGGAUGUACCCACAAUUAGUCAACAUUGACUUCCUGUACUUGUUGUUUUGAGACUCGCGAAAUUAGAAUAUGAGGCGAGAAAGUUAAGUGCCAGAUAUACGACAACUGCCUUUGAACU